CUCGUCCGCCCCGCGAGCGUGUCCGUCCUCCAUGAGAUCACUCUUCUAAUGGUUUGCGCCGGCUACACCAAGAAGCUCUUCCGGGCGUUCCCGAAGCUCCCUGCAAUGCGCUGAAAACAAAGGGAGAGAAGAGAGAAGACGAGUUGAGGCAUUGGUGGGCAAUGACAAGUGGGGUCAGCGGCAAAAUGGUCUUUUCCCACCUCAUUUAAUACUUUGUUGACAAAAUGGUGACGGAAAUGGCACUGAAGGGAUGAAACAAAAUUUCUAUGGCAUUGACGGGAUUUUCAAAAUUUUUAUGGCACUGAAGGGAGAGGCAUCAAUUUUUGUGGCAUUGAAGGAAUUAGCUCUUGUUUGAAUGGACAAAAGUUUUUAGCAGCCAUUAGUAUUUAGGAAAUCUUUUUCUAAAGUUUUUUAAGUCUAAAUUAAAGUUUAGCUCAUCCUAUUAGCACUCCUGUUUAGAUAGGUUAGUGUUAAAGGUUUUUUUUGUGUGUGUGGGUAGUGCUAAAGUUUAUUAGCACGGCCUUCCUUGACCACUAGCAUGUGGGCCAGAUAUUUCUCCAUGGGUACUCACUCCAUCCUUUAGCGGCCCAAGUAGCUGCGACUCCGGACGGCCCAGCCCAUUUCCAAAGGAUGGAUGGGUCGCAUAAAAAAUGGAGGAGGAGGACGACGAACUGACCAGUGGGCCCCAGCUCAACUUGUUCUGCUUUCAGAUCUCGGGCGAUCGAGAUGGCGGAGGAGCAGGCGGCGGGGUCGUCGGCAGUCGGGCGCGCGGUGGAGGAAGUGCGCUCUGCCCUCAACGAGCACGCCGACGUGGUCGCCGAGCUCUUCGGCCGCGUCUCCUCCGAGCUGCGCACCGGCUUCGCGCCAGCCGUCGACUCCUUCAUCGGAUUCUUCCACGCCGUCGACUGGAAGGAGCCUUGGUUGAUCAGCAUGCUAACUUUUCAUGCCAUUCUGCUGCUCGUUACCAUCAUCUCGAGGAGAAACGUCAAUUUCCAACUUAUAUUAUCGGCUCUAACAUUUUCUGGUGUGUUUCUCGCUGAGAGAAUAAACACCUUUUUAGGACAAAACUGGAAGAGCUUCUCUAGCCAAAACUAUUUUGAUCCCCAAGGCCUCUUCAUUUCAGUCGUCUGGUCUGGCCCCCUUAUUUUGAUAACAAUCCUUAUUCUGGUGAACACUCUUGUGACGCUCUGCAUGCUGAUCGUAAGGUGGAAAAGGGCAGAGCUCAGGCAUCGUGCUCGCAAGGCUCAGAACAAGCAGGACUGAUCUUAUCCUGCAUCUACGUACUUUGGUGGCCUGUACGAAAGUUGCUUGCAUGCUACAACUGAUCUAACCAAGAACCAUGUUCCCGAAAGGAUGUUCAUUUAGAUAGCAGAAUAUAAUAUUCUGAGAUGGUCAGAUUUUGCUGGUGAGCUGUUGACCAUCCAUCACCCUGUAAUAUUGUGUCAUGUGAUCUCUCUGAGCGAGGACACUAGGAUUGUUCCUAUUUAUACGGCAGGUGGUUCAUUCAGAUGUCAGACCUCAGAGUUGCUUGAUACUAUUUUUUAGUUGUGUAGACUCAGGUGCAGCAACUUCUGAUUGUUAAUUACCGCAAGAAUUUUUCUUUGAACAGCUGAAUUUAAGCCAUCCUUACACUGCUCUGAAAA